GAACCGCAUAAGUAUUUGGGAGGGCAGGGAGUUUGAUCUUGAUUUCCAUGAUAAAUAGUCUAAAUUGAAAGACAACAGUGAUUGAAAUAAAUCAAGUACAAUCUAUACUUACUAACUAAAACGACAAUCCAGGUUGACAGCGGGAAAUAGGUGUAAAAAUAGCGAUAACUGUGGAGUCAAAAUUAUCCGCCAGACGCACAUUAAUGAUAAAGAUUGUGAUUGCUUGCUGUUGCACAAAAGGAAUAUUGAAAUGAUUAGUCAAAAUAAACAGGAGGAUGGUGUUCAGUGGUUUACAGUAGAUAUUCCAAAGAAUACUGCAAGACUUACAUCACUGCAGAGAAUAAAGAGAUUGUCAAAGAAAACAAGAGAAAAGAUGUUUGUCCAUUAUAAAGAUGACAAAGCUUUCUUCAAGUUUCUAGGAGAGAGUUCAACUUCCAAUUUAUUUGAAGGAAAAGAAUUGAACAGUGAUCCUGAAUUAUAUGAACACUUCAUAGUACAGGAUGGUAGAGAUAUAUUGGUUUGUAAAAAUAAAGGGGAAUUUUUCAGAAUGUUCCCAGAAGGCAGAGGAAGAAGAAUAGAGUAUACAGAUUUGCUUAAGUUGAGCCCGAAUUGCUUGAAGUCUGAAGUUACCAAGUAUGUAAAUACCAAGGAUGGUUUGAAAUGUGAAAUAAACAAAAUAUGUAUUAAUGAUAACAUGAAUUGCCACAAACCUUUUACAAUUUCUUUGUUAACUAGUAAAAGCCUGCUUAAUAUCUCAGAAGAUCCAGCCCUCAGAUUGUUUGGAACAAUGGGCAAAAAAAUCAAAUAUGGAUAUGCUUCGAGAUGUAAACCUGCAAGAAAGCAAUAUAAAUUGGUAGUGGAGGCACCAAAAGAAAAAAAAUUAGGAGAACAAGAAGUUGAACAAGUCUGUAAUGUACCGGUAUAUUUUGGCAGAAAUGUGAAGACAGAUGAAGCUACAACAUUACCAUGUUUGGAUCUUGACCCUGAACUGAAAGAGCAGACUGGCUUCAAUUUAGGGGUUAAAUUUAGAGAUCUUUCUACACAAUCUCAAGAGAGCUUAGGAAUAACAAAGAGAAAAUUAUUAAAAGACCAAAAGAAAUAUAGAAUUGUAAAAAUUACAUUUCUACAAAUGGGUGAAUUACCUGUAGAUACAAGUAAGAAAGCAGAAAGAAAGGAAAAAUCUACACCUAAAGGUAAUUUGUCCAGAAAAGUUGUAAAACAGAAAAUAACGCCAGGGAAAGGUUUAAAGAAGAGAGAGAAAAUGAGUAAGAAAAAUGUGAAAAAGUCUACAAGUAGAAGUAACAAAAAAGUUGCAAAUAUAAAGAAAAGGCUGAAUGACCAAAAGGCUGUAAAACUGUACAAGAAAAAGGGAUUGUCAUACAAUUCUGAUGAUGGUCUCAAGCAAAGGUACUACCUUGAUGAACUUUUGUUCUUAAAGCAAUCAUUGAGAAAAAGGACCUUAAUAUGUAGUCAAGAGACUGUCAUGCAGUUGAGAGAUUUAACUGACCUACCCCUCUCAGAAAUGCACUUCGAAGUAAUUGUCCAUGUAUACCCUGCUGGAAGAGGAAGGGAAAGUAGGGCAUCUCAUAAUCGGCAAGAUGUUGGAAUUGAGGAUGCUGAAGAAAUUUCAAAUCAGUCUGAUGAUGAAACCCAACAACCUGCCGCAGUGCUGCCUCCAACACAGGAAUCGAAUGACAAUUUCCAAGUCUUGAACCUGCCUGAUCCCGAAAUUAGUAAUGACCUAGUAUCUGGACAGAUCCAGACAUCAGCAGGCUCAAUAUUUCAGAACAUUACUCAAGAUUCUUGUAUCCCAACCACAAACCUGGCAACUGCAGAUGAAGAGAGGAGUUUAUUAAAUAGACAUCGUGGAGGGUUACUUGAGAGCAGAUUCAACCAACCCCGGGCACCACCAAGACACGGACAGUAUGCUGAUCAACCUUCACGACAGAGGUCCUUCUCAAACUGGCCUUCCACAACUGGGCACGAUCCAUCUAGAAUGGCAGCUUAUGGAUUCUUUUAUACAGGGAGACAUGACCUGGUAAGAUGUUUCCAAUGUGGAAUUGGUUUGAAGAACUGGUCAGCUCCAGAUGAGCCCCUCUUUGAACAUAUAAAGCACUCACCAGAUUGUCAAUUUCUGAAGGAUCUUCUUGGACAAGAUUUACUCGAUGCAUAUAUACAAAGUCUUACAGCCAGCAGACUGACUUGUACCACACACAAUGCAGCUACAGCAAUUGCAGGAAACCUGGGUCCUAGAUUUGGAAGAAUAAGAAACCCAGAGUACUCUGAGCCUGAAGCCAGAUUACGUUCCUUUGACAAAUGGCCUGCAUCCUCAUUACAGAGACCUCAGGCUUUGGUUGAUGCUGGACUUUUCUAUACAGGAUUCAAUGACCUAUGUCGCUGUUUCACCUGUGAUGGAGGGCUGCAGCGAUGGGAUGUAGAAGCCAACCCAUGGAUAGAACAUGCACGCAGGUUCCCAUACUGUACGUAUGUGAGGCAGGUUAAGGGGCAGGAAUACAUCAAUAUGGUACAACAAGCUGCAGCACAAGCUAUGGAAGAAGAGAAUCCUGUGGGUACAAUUCCUCAGCCAGGACAGUUUCCGAGGAACACACUUGCUGAAGCACAGAGGCAAGAUGUAGGACGGGUCCUCCCACCAGACACACCACCUGAAGGAGGUAUUUUUACUCUUGACUGCCAGGCAUGUGCAAUUGAAAAGUUUGGCUAUAGUCACAGAUCAGCAAGACAUCAAUAUGCUCCAGAUAGAGAAGAAGCAAAUUCUGCGCAAGCUGCCUGUCCUAGUCCCGAAGAAGAAGAAAACCGCCAGCUUAAAGCAAUGUUGAAGUGUAUGGAAUGUGAGGAAAAUGAUUCAAAUAUUCUGUUUCUACCCUGCACACACCAUAGAUUAUGUGAAAAUUGUGCUGAAAAUGCUGUUACUUGUCUUGUCUGUGGACAGAAAAUUGAUGAAAAAAUUAAAACAUAUAGAAGUUGAUGGAACAGUUUGAUAUAGAAAUUAGUGCUGUUUUUAUGGAAAGCAUAUUGAAAGUAACAGUUUUUAAAAAAAGUUGACAGAAUCAUAAUAAAAUCAUGUUCGCUUACGCAUAGCCUGUACAUUUAAAGCCAAUCUAACAAUUGCUUCAGGGAGUCUACUCUGACUCAGUGGUUUGAGCAUUGGACUAGCACUUGAGCUACCUGGGUUCGAAUCUCGCCACAGGCAGUUUGUAUGAUUCCUUAUAAAAAUGCUAUGCUCUUUGAUUUGUUACAGCUAAAAGUCGUAAGAAUUGUGAUAUAGAAUUGAUUUUAACUCGUCUGUCACUUUGUCCAGGCUAAAGCCCAAAUCAUAAAUCAAAAAUGUUUUGUACAUACUUGUUAUAUUCAGUUAAAAUGAUUUAAUAAUGUUAUUUACCUUAAAGUGGCAUUAUGCGCAUCUAAUACUGCAUAUAGUGUGUUUUGGGUGAGUGUUCUAUAAAAGCAAUUUUCGGUUGCUGUGCAUUUAGAUGUGUUAAAUUAACGAUAAUGCCGCAUUAGUAUUUGAAGUUGAUGCUUUAAAAAUAAAGAAAUCGGACGGAUAAAAUAAUAGAUAUCUUUUUCAAUCUUCUGCGCAAUGAUCUCCCUUAACUGAAAAUUGAAAUUUCUGAAGUAGAAGGGAAGCAACUCCUGCUUGCAUUUUGACGAUUUUUAAAAAGACUGCCCCAGUCAAAAUAAGAAAAGUCAUAUUUGGAAACUUAUUAUUUUGUACUGGUAACAGUUUGGUAUGUUGGGUUAAAAGCUAUAAUUUCCUCCAUCCUUUUUACGUGCACAUCUAUUUAAGCUUGACUUUUACUUGAAAAAUGCAUAUAAUUCCACUUUAAGGGUUGAGUAUGACUGUUUAUGAAAUUUUCCUUGUUAAAAUCGUCAGAUUUGUAUCUGUUUUGGCUCACAUGAACUGCAGGUUCAGGGUGCUCUAUAAGUAUUUGUGAAAGGUUCAGCGUCCACCGUCCAUUGUCUUUUGUCAGGAUUACACCAAACUUGGUCUAUAGCAUCCUGGCAAGGUCCCUUCUCAAGUUCACUUUAUGGCUCAUCUAUUCCCUUUUUAGAGGCAGCUAGAAAUAUGAAAAGCCCUAAGGUCCUCUCCCAUAUGUAUUCAAAAUGGGGAAUUUGGUCCCUUUAUAACGGCCGUAAGGUCCAAAGAUAGAAAUUUCUUUAAAUAACUUCUUUUCAUGAACGACUUAGGGCUUUUCAUCAUAAUGUCCUUGUAGUGAUUAUAUUAAGGUCACCUCCCAUCUUUGUUCAAAUGAGGCCCUCAGUAGGGGUUGCUAGUGCUAAAAUUGAGAAGAAAAAAAAUUUAAGUGACUUCUCAAGAAUUUCUAUGUGGAUCUUCAUGAAACAUCUUGAAUAAUUAUCUCCAGAAGGGAUAAAUAAAUACACCACUUUUUAACUAAAUUAACAUCUUUUAACCUACUUUGUAUAUCACAGAAUGAGGUCGAAAUGUCUAAGGAGUUAGGGUUGAAAGGUAUUGCUAGCUUCCCAUCAAGAUCAGGGAAGUUCACACGCUAGUUGCUUUCAAAAGCCUGCUAAAAACCCACUUCUUUGUACAACAUUUCGUUAACUGACCGAUACAUUUUUUUCUUUUCAUGAAACAACGUAGAACAGUAUUUUAUCCUAGGGUCACUAAUACUUUUAAUAUGUGUGUUUUUUUGUCUUCUUUUAUCUAUAUGUUUAAAUUUCAUGAUUUUUGUUAAUUUGGAAUGCAUGUUUUGUUUGUGUUGAAUGCCCAUUUAUUUGUAUUGUUUGCAAUUUAUUAUGUAAAGCACAGCACUUUUGAACCUGUGCAUGAAAAGAGUGCUAUAUAUAUGUGGUAUAAUGAUUAUAAUAAUGAUAAUAAUACUCGGCCACAGAGGUCCCGACCCUCUAUCUUGAUAAUAUGUUAAUGAAGUAUACACUUAUACAUUUUGUAGAGUAAAAAAAUCAUUUUGUGGCCUUUUGAAGUUUUGGGUGAAGCUUACAUUUCCGUGCCUCUAUACUUCUAAUAUAUUUUUAGAUGAAUAUUUUGGACAUUUUCCUUAGGCAUGUUAACAUAUGGUAGAGUAGUCAUAUUAACUCUGAAUGAAAUGUUAUAGGAUCGUGCUGAUAUCCUGAAUAGUGUUCUGUGCUGAUUGACUUUCCAGCAGAUAAUGAUUACCAAUGAAUUGACAUCUGAAUAGAUAAUGAUUACCAUGAAUUGACAUCUGAAUAUAUAAUGAUUACCAGUGAAUUGACAUCUGAAUAGAUAAUGAUUACAAAUAAACUGACAUCUAAAAUAAUCGACCAAUUGAAAUCUGAAGGAUUAGAUAAGGAUUAACGAUUAAUUUACAUUGCCAAUGAACUAAAAUCUGGAUAGAUAAAGAUUACUCCCAUGAAUUGAAAUAUUUUAAGUAGGGAAUGAUAGGAUUUAAUUACAUUAAUACACAGGGGUCUCUGUGGCGGAGUGGUUAACCUGCUAAAUUUCUAUAAUGAACUUGUUCAUCUUCCAGUUUGGACAGUACCAUUAACUGUUAAAAGGGGUGAUUACCCAAAAGAUACUGGAUGAAUAGCGAACAGUGCAGAUUAUGAUCAGACUGCACAGAUGUGCUUGCUGAUCAUGAUCUAUACUGGUCGCAAAAGAAGAAUCAGUUGUGUCCAGCAUGAUAAAGGUUAAGGUCACUAACUUCAGAUCACUUGCUCCUUACCACUGAGGGUUCAGAAUUUGUUUUGUGUCUAGAAUUGAUAAUUCUACCCAGGUGCCCACCCACGUCUGAAACAAUACCCGGUGGAGCACAAGGGUCUUCCUCCAACAUGAAAAGCAGGUAAAGUCGCCAUAUGACCCCGCAUUCUGUCGGUGUGACUUUAAACUCAACUUAAAGGUGCAUUAAUGCACAUUAUUGUCAAAGUGCCAAACAAAAAAGUGUUGUGCCAUAACAUAUUUGUCAGACUAUUAUAUUCCAACUGUACUUGAAGUGAUUUUAAUGUAAUGCCAUGACCGUGUUGCUUAUAUCUAUAAAUCUUGAACAAAACAGCUAACUCGCCGUUUGUAUCUUACUUUAAGUACUUUUAUAUGAUCAAAACAAUGACUUGUUAAAAAUAGACUGUGCUAUCAGAUAAAUUUCCUUUCCAUUUCUGACCGCAAACAUAGGGUAACCCCAUUUAUUCUCCCCGUCAGCUGGUCAGUAUGGGUCGGGGAGCCAUCCCAUAUUGACCUUACAGUAUGUAUAAUUUGUACCAUCAGAAUAUGUAUACGAAAGAAUAAUAAUAAUAAUACUAAUGUUGUGUUUAACUUUCCCACUAGUCUUUAAAUUUACUUUCAUAAUUGAUAUCGUUUGUUAGUUUAAAUCAGGGUUCCCAUGGUCAGGGAAGAGUCAGGUAAUUUUGUAAUUGGUCAGGGAAAUUUGACAAAAGUCAGGGAAUUUGGAAUUAGAGGUCGAGGAUUGAGGAAUAAGUUUGUAAAAAGCAUAAAGAAUGUGAAAUCAUUUUUAUUCGCUUAGGACGAAUUUUCGCGUAUUUCACGCUAGGACCGAUGCGCGAAUUUAAGAUCGCGCUAUUACUAUUUUUUUUAGCUCACCUGUCACGAAGUGACAAGGUGAGCUUUUGUGAUCGCGCAGCAUCCGUCAUCCGUGCGUCAAUCCGUAAACUAUUCAUUGUGACAUCUCUAGAGGUCACAUUUUUCAUGGGAUCUUUAUGAAAAUGGGUCAGAAUGUUCAUCUUGGUAAAUUCUAAGUCAAGUUCGAAACUGGGUCACGUGCCAUCAAAAACUAGGUCAGUAGGUCUAAAAAUAGAAAAACCUUGUGACCUCUCUAGAGGCCAUAAUUUUCAAUGGAUCUUCAUGAAAAUUGGUCAGAAUGUUCACCUUGAUGAUAUCUAGGUCAAGUUCGAAACUGGGUCACGUGCCUUCAAAAACUAGGUCAGUAGUUCUAAAAAUAGAAAAACAUUGUGACUUCUCUAGAGGCCAUAUAUUUAUAAGAUCUUCAUGAAAAUUGGUCAGAACGUUCACCUUGAUGAUAUCUAGGUCAAGUUCGAAACUGGGUCACGUGCCAUCAAAAACUAGGUCAGUAGGUCAAAUAAUAGAAAAACCUUGUGACCUCUCUAAAGGCCAUAUUUUUCAUGGGAACUGUAUGAAAGUUGGUCUGAAUGUUUAUCUUGAUGAUAUCUAGGUCAAGUUCGAAACUAGGUCACGUGCGGUCAAAAACUAGGUCAGUAGGUCUAAAAAUAGAAAAACCUUGUGACCUUUCUAGAGGCCAUAUAUUUCACAAGAUCUUCAUGAAAAUUGGUCAGAACGUUCACCUUGAUGAUAUCUAGGUCAAGUUCAAAACUGGGUCACGUGCCGUCAAAAACUAGGUCAGUAGGUCAAAUAAUAGAAAAACCUUGUGACCUCUCUAAAGGCCAUAUUUUUCAUGGGAUCUGUAUGAAAGUUGGUCUGAAUGUUCAUCUUGAUGAUAUCUAGGACAAAUUCGAAACUGGGUCACGUGCCAUCAAAAACUAGGUCAGUAGGUCUUGAAAUAGAAAAACCUUAUGACCUCUCUAGAGGCCAUAUAUUUCAUAAAAUCUUCAUGAAAAUUGGUCAGAAUGUUCACCUUGAUGAUAUCUAGGUCAAGUUCGAAAGUGGGUCACGUGCCGUCAAAAACUAGGUCAGUAGGUCAAAUAAUAGAAAAACCUUGUGACCUCUCUAGAGACCAUAUUUUCCAUGGGAUCUGUAUGAAAGUUGGUCUGAAUGUUAAUCUUGAUGAUAUCUAGAUCAAGUUCGAAAGUGGGUCACGUGCCUUCAAAAACUAGGUCAGUAGGUCAAAUAAUAGAAAAACCUUGUGACCUCUCUAAAGGCCAUAUUUUUCAAUGGAUCUUCAUGAAAGUUGGUCUGAAUGUUCAUCUUGAUGAUAUCUAGAUCAAGUUCGAAACAGGGUCAUGUGCGGUCAAAAACUAGGUCAGUAGGUCUAAAAAUAGAAAAGCCUUUUGACCUCUCUAGAGGCCAUACUUGUCAAUGGAUCUCCAUAAAAAUUGGACAGAAUGUUCAUCUUGAUGAUAUCUAGGUCAAGUUCGAAAGUGGGUCACGUGCCAUCAAAAAGUAGGUCAGUAGGUCAAAUAAUGAAAAAACGUUUUGACCUCUCUAAAGGCCAUAUUUUUCAUGGGAUCUGUAUGAAAGUUGGUCUGAAUGUUUAUCUUGAUGAUAUCUAGGUCAAGUUUGAAACUGGGUCACGUGGCUUAAAAAACUAGGUCAAUAGGUCAAAUAAUAGAAAAACCUUGUGACCUCUCUAGAGACCAUAUUUUUCAAUGGAUCUUCAUGAAAAUUGGUCAGAAUUUUUAUCUUGAUAAUAUCUAGGUCAAGUUCAAAACUGGGUCACAUGAGCUCAAAAACUAGGUCACUAUGUCAAAUAAUAGAAAAAAACGACGUCAUACUCAAAACUGGAUCAUGCGGGAAGAGGUGAGCGAUUCAGGACCAUCAUGGUCCUCUUGUUUAAUUAUAUUUUUCAUUACUAAAAUUGAAAAUGCGCGAAUUAAUGCCCACGCGAAACAGUCCUUUUUCACGUUUGCGCGAAAUUUCAUGUCAGCGAAUUUAAAUGAUUUCACAGUAAUAAAAGGCUAUGGCAGUUUCUUAAAUUUUGGUCUAAAUCUGGCAUUUUACAAAUAUUUCAGUUACCACUAUAAUAUAUUCUGUAUUACAUAUCGAAAAUUAUAGUCUACCUAUCUUGUGUAGAAAUUUAACUGAAAAGUUAAGACUAUAGAAUAUAAUUCUUUAAGCAAGCUUAUAAUCGUUCUGUCUGCUUAGAAAUAGUGGAAAACUAAGACAUGUCUAGUUUUUAAUCAUAUUAAAUGAUAUAUUUACAUAUUGCAGUUUAGUGAAAAAUUUUCUAUGAUUUUUAGCUCACCUGUGACAAGGUGAGCUUUUGUGAUCGCGCGGUGUCCGCCGUCCGUCUGUGCGUGCAUCCGUAAAUUUAAACUUUGCUUGUGACCACUCUAGAAGUCACAUUUUUCAUGGGAUCUUUAUGAAAGUUGGUCAGAAUGUUCAUCUUGAUGAUAUCUAGGUCAAGUUCGAAACUGGGUCACGUGCCAUCAAAAACUAGGUCAGAAAGUCUAAAAAUAGAAAAACCUUGUGACCUCUCUAGAGGCCAUAUAUUUCAUGAGAUCUUCAUGAAAAUUGGUCAGAAUGUUCACCUUGAUGAUAUCUAGGUCAAGUUCGAAACUGGGUUACGUGCCAUCAAAAACAAGGUCAGUAGGUCUAAAAAUAGAAAAACCUUGUGACCUCUCUAGAGGCCAUAUAUUUCACAAGAUCUUCAUGAAAAUUGGUCAGAACGUUCACCUUGAUGAUAUCUAGGUCAAGUUUGAAACUGGGUCACGUGCCUCUAAAACUAGGUCAGUAGGUCAAAUAAUAGAAAAACCUUGUGACCUCUCUAAAGGCCAUAUUUUUCAUGGGAUCUGUAUGAAAGUUGGUCUGAAUGUUCAUCUUGAUGAUAUCUAGGUCAAGUUCGAAACUGGAUCACGUGCGGUCAAAAACUAGGUCAGUAGGUCUAAAAAUAGAAAAACCUUGUGACCUCUCUAGAGGCCAUAUAUUUCAUGAGAUCUUCAUGAAAUUGGUCAGAAUGUUCACCUUGAUGAUAUCUAGGUCAAGUUUGAAACUGGGUCACGUGCCUUCAGAAACUAGGUCAGUAGGUCAAAUAAUAGAAAAACCUUGUGACCUCUCUAGAGGCCAUAUUUUUCAUGGGAUCUGUAUGAAAGUUGGUCUGAAUGUUCAUCUUGAUGAUAUCUAGAUCAAGUUCGAAAAUGGGUCACGUGCCAUCAAAAACUAGGUCAGUAAGUCAAAUAAUAGAAAAACCUUGUGACCUCUCUAAAGGCCAUAUUUUUCAUGGGAUCUGUAUGAAAAUUGGUCUGAAUGUUCAUCUUGAUGAUAUCUAGGUCAAGUUCGAAACAGGGUCAACUGCAGUCAAAAACUAGGUCAGUAGGUCUAAAAAUAGAAAAACCUUGUGACCUCUCUAGAGGCCAUACUUUAGAAUGGAUCUCCAUAAAAAUUGGUCAGAAUGUUCACCUUGAUGAUAUCUAGGUCAAGUUUGAAACUGGGUCGCGUGCCUUAAAAAACUGGGACAGUAGGUCAAAUAAUAAAAAAACCUUGUGACCUCUUUAGAGGCCAUACUUUUCAUGGGAUCUGUAUGAAAGUUGGUCUGAAUGUUCAUCUUGAUGAUAUCUAGAUCAAGUUUGAAACUGGGUCAACUGCGGUCAAAAACUAGGUCAUGAGGUCUAAAAUUAUUAAAAUCUUUUGCCCUCUCUAGAGGCCAUAUUUUUCAAUGGAUCUUCAUGAAAAUUGAUCUGAAUGUUCACCUUGAUGAUAUCUAGGUCUGUUUCGAAACUGGGUCAAAAACUAGGCCAGUAGGUCUAAAAAUAGAAACACCUUGUGACUUCUCUAAAGGCCAUAUUUUUCAUGAGAUGUUCAUGAAAAUUAGUGAGAAUGUUCACCUUGAUGAUAUCUAGGUAAAGUUCAAAACAGGGUCACGUACCUUCGAAAACUAGGUCAAUAGGUCAAAUAAUAGAAAAACCUUGUGACAUUUCUAGAGACCAUAUUUUUCAAUGGAUCUUUAUGAAAAGUGGUCAGAAUUUUUAUCUUGAUAAUAUCUAGGUCAAGUUCAAAACUGGGUCACAUGAGCUCAGAAACUAGGUCACUAUUUCAAAUAAUAGAAAAAACGACGUCAUACUCAAAACUGGGUCAUUUGGGAAGAGGUGAGCGAUUCAGGACCAUCAUGGUCCUCUUGUUUAAUGAUGUAUGAAUGAGGGCAAAUUUUCACAGAAUGCCAUACAUUUGUCUGAACUUAUCCAGUAAUAAACCGAAAAAUGAUCAUAGGUAUAGUAUUUCAGUGCAUAGUAUGGACCUUUCUUAUUGUCUGUUACAUCUCACUAAAACAAUACAGCAGUUUCUUUAACUGCAACAAACUUUCUUUACACCUUUGUUAACAUUAUAAUAAGAAAGGUGGUAAAAUUUAGCUGAUAGGGAGGAUUGAGGCCAACAUUUAUUGAGGUAUGAUCAGCUAAGUUUCUGUGAACAUGAAGCGUUUUGGUCAGGGAAGAUUGGACUUUGGUCAGAGAAAAGUCCGGGAAUUUUAUUUUCUCUGCUUUGUGCUCGUGGGAACCCUGGUUUUGGAUUUGAAUGGAAUAUGCUUGUUCAGGGUCCCAUUUCAUAUCCGUUUUCCUUGAAUAAAUAAGAUCAUGUUAAUUUCUUAGAGGUCCAAUUUUGAGAACUGUUCAUUUUUCUUCAUUUAUAGUAUAUAAGGUCAGACAUCAUUCUGAAAUUUUCAAAAAUGUGUAUUGUAUUGUUGAAAUUCUGUUCAUUUCCAUCUAAAGUAUUGUUGCGUGACAAAAGUUUGUUCAUACAUCGUUUUUGCCCUUUGAUAUUUUCAUUGUGUCGAAUUUGUUGUGGCAAAAGUUCAAUCGUUAAAAUAAAUAUGUAGGGCAAUAGAGGGCAUCCUCGUUUAACUCCCCUUUCAGUUUUGAAAAAGAAAAUCUGAUAUAAAUCCAUUGUUUAACAAACAACUCAUCGUUGAAGUAUAAACUGUUAUGUCCAUGUUUUAUUUUUUUUCUCCACAAUAGAAGAAACAAAGAGCUAUGAAAAUGAAUGUAUUUUAUACUUCUUUGGAACAAGUUUGUGAAUGAAUGUAUUAUUGAUACUUUGAUAUGCUGUCACAAUUAAGCAUUCCAUGAGUGUUAUGAUAUUUUGCAUAUUUUAUUUUUCUUGUAAAAUUACAUUUUCUCCAAAGUUUACAUAUAUUUACACAUUGAUUUAAUGAUUUUUAAAGGAUCAUCUUUAAUUUUGUUACAAAAUAUUUCGUACAAUUUUUCUCCAAAGUUUACAUAUAUUUACACAUUGGUUUAAUGAUUUUUAAAAGGUCAUCUUAAAUACAAAAUAUUUUAUACAAUUCUACAUAUUUUGUACCCCCACAAAAUGAAGGUUUUUUGGGGGUUAUAUAGGAGUGAGCUUGUCGGCCAGGUGGUUUUCAUGGUUUCCGGACAAUAAUUCAUGAAAGGCGUGACAGAUUUUAAUAAUUUUUGGUACACAUGUGUAACAUCAGAAAAUACAGGUCUGACUUUGAGGUCAUUAGGUUAAAGGUCAAAAUCACAGUGACCCUGAACAAUUAAAUGGUUUCCGGAUGAUAACUUGAGAACGCUUAGGCCUAGUAUUAUAAAUUUUGGUACACAGGUGUAACAUCAUAAAAUACAGGCCAAGUUUGAGAUAAUCUUUUAGACAAAUAUUCUGCAUAGUUAUGGGACUUUGUUUUUUUUUUCAUAAUACUGUAUACAUACAGUCUACAUGCAUGCAUGUGGGGUCAGUUGGUCAGAAGUCAAGGUCACAGUGAUCUGGAACAUUAACUUCAGAUACUUGGGCCUAGGAUCACAAAACUUAAUAGGGAGGUUGCUCAUGACCAACAAAUGGCCCCUAUUGAUUUCGAGUUCAAAAGGUCAAAGUCACCCUGAACAUUUAAACUUUUUCCGUACAAUAACUUGAGAACUCUUUGCCGAGGGUCAUGAAACUUCAUAGGGAAGUUGAUCAUGACCAGCAGAAUGACCCUAUUGAUUUUUAGGUCAGUAGGUCAAAGUUCAAGCAAGUUUGGCUUCGACAUUGGCUUAGUUCUGUGACAGGGCCAUAUUGUGGGGUAUUGUCAGUCACUCCUGUGACAACUCUUGUUCCAUCUGUUCCGAGGCGUUUUCCAUUUUUCAUAAACCGCCUCUGUAGCCUAAUGGUAGAGUGCCGGCUUCGUGUGUGGGAGACUGUGGGUUCGAUUAGGUGGACACGUUGUGACGUCAUAUGGAUAGACUUGUUUUUUCACGUUUCUUGUUGACAUUUUCUUAUAAAUAGCCCAGAUUUUCUAGGAUCUUGUCAAUUCUAUUGUCCACUUCAGAGACGCUACCUGGAUAUCUUACAGAAACAGUUGUCCACUAUAAAUAGUGUUAAAGAUCCUAGAUAUAAACAUGCAAGUUACAUUAAAGAAGUAGGCAGUUCCCAUAACUAGAGUGGUUUCUGGAUAUAACUUAUAUCGCCCACUUAAAGCUAAAAGGUACCGUGUGCUGAUAAUUAGAGAAGGUUAAGACACCUUUUUUGCUCUUAAAGGGCGAUAAAAAAAUUAUGUAAUUAUAGUCCCUUGUAUGUAUGACUAUAUUGGCGAUGUUUGUUAUGAUGCUUUUUAUGUGAAUAAAUGAGAUGUCUGAAUGUA